AGUCCAAGGGAUCAGGUACUUUCAUUCUGGAGGGAAACAAGGAAAAUUAGAAUGGAUGAGAUAAAAAAUGCCAGUUCUUUGACGAAUAUUUUUAAAGAAUGGCCACGAUACAAUGAUUUCUUGGGUUAUGAUCUUGUCGAUAUAGAUUUUGAUUUUUUGUACCCAGACAAAGUAAAUAAGUUAUUCCUAAAGUUGGAAACUUUUUAUAAAAAGUUGGUUAAAGUCUUUGACAAUGAAAUUAAAGACCGUGCAUCAAGAGAAUUUUACCUACAAUAUCUACGGAAUGGAAAUAUUAAUAAAGAUUGUAAGUAUUGUAUAUGUACAAUACUGCUUCACGCUUUGUUACAGCCACAACGUCUUAAUAAAGAACAUAAGCCUUCGAUAGCCGAUGCUCAAACAGACUUCGUCACUUUAGUACCAACUCUUAAUGAUAUUGAACCAAGAAUACUGCAAAUUGUUGAAAUGUAUGCAGAAAGAAAAGAAAGACUUCAGCCAAGAAAAGCUUAA